UCAAAAGAUUUGUCAACUUCUAGACAUUUCGUUCGCAUUUCUAAACUAUUGUGGUUUGUGAAGUGAAAUAUAAUAAAUUCACAGUUUCUCCAGGAUUCUGUGCGCUUUUGUGGGAACAAUGAUUUAUUUAUGAUGUUAACAGCAGUUCUGGUGCGCUCCUUUGCCUUGUAAAACUAAGUCUGUAUGUUAUUCUCUGCAUUUUCACUUUUAUCACUUGCCAUGGAAGACGCUACGGUGCCUUUACAUCUGGAGCCUUUUCAGCACGGCGAGGUGUCUGACAAACGAAUCUGGAUCGGCAAUCUCGACACCAGAGUUAAUGAGUAUCAACUACUGAAAAUGGUCCGUGUGUAUGGAAACAUCGAGAAGUUUGACAUGCUGUUCCAUCGGAGCGGCCCCAACGUGGGACAGCCCCGGGGCUUUGCCUUCGUUACGUACAAGCUGAGGCAGGAUGCCAUCAAAGCCAUGAACUCACUGAAUGGCCAAGUACUGGGGUCCAAAAGGAUAAGCGUCAAGUUUGCAAAGAAUACGGAUGAGCAAGAAAAACCAAAACCAGAACUAGGCAUAGCAGUCCUAGCCGGUGCUAAACCAGAGCUUAAACUCAGCAAGAAAACUGCCAUACAGUCAAUUGAAGCAAAACUCAAAAUGAUGGAGAACAUGAAGGCAGGAGAUGACUUCGUAAUCAACAAAUUAGCUGCAAACGAGGCUCCAGUGAUCGCCCAGUAUCAAACGAAACAAUAUCAACCACAGAGCAAAUCUGCUUCAUCCUUCAGAAGGCGGCACCCUUACCACAAGAAAAGAUAGGUUUCAUUUUGAUAUUGCCUUCAUUUAUAUGGAAGGUGACGCUACUGUGCUGUUUUACCCAUUGUAUGCUGGACU